UUCCCUCUCUCUCCAUACACCACACCACCACCUUCUUCUCUUCAUCGUCUUGCAGAGUUCAGAACUACUACUACCUUUUUUACUAGUGUUCAGCUAGCUUUUCCACCCUUCUUGAACUGCUUUGAUGGCGUAAUUUUCUGUUUAAUUCAUCCAUUUUUGCUGUUGUGGGAAGAUUUUGUGUGGGUUUUCUCUGAGGAGGUUGUUUUUUUUAGGGGAAUUGUGCUUGUGUGUGUGUUGUGCGUGUCUUUUGUUUGGGUUUUGAUCGGGAAAAAUGGCGUCCUCUGAUAAUUUGAUGACGAUGGAGCAGCCGUGGUCGUUCCGGCUCCCAUUUUCCGACGCUUGGAUUUCCGAUAUCUACACGAAGGAAACCGAUACCCUGACGAAGGCUCUGCAGAAGUCGUUCGACGCCACUUCGUCCGAUGGCGACGCGUUUUCAACUGAAAUUGUGGAGUCCCUCUUCCCCAAGCCGGAGGAUACGCCGUUUCAUACGCCGACCGCCUCCGGCGGAUCGGAGAACGAAGCCCCUGUCUCGAAGCAGCGCCGGAGCGUCCCCCCGAGCGGUAGGGUCACCAAGCGGAAGUCGCGGGCGUCAAAGCGCGCGACGACGACGUUUAUCACCGCGGAUCCCGCGAAUUUCCGGCAGAUGGUGCAGCAGGUGACGGGCGUGAGAUUCGGCGGGUUGAACGCGCAGCUGCCCAUGGCGCCUGUGCUGAAGCCCGAGCCGCAUAGAGUAGUCAGCCGGCUUCAGCCCAGUAGCGCCCUGCCAACACUCGACACAUCUGCUUUCCUGCUGGAGGGCUCCACCCCGUCUCUGGUGGCGCAGCUGCCUCCGCCGUCCACGGUGGUGGGUGAGGGUGGCGCAACCGCGAGUGGGCUGGAGUUGGACUCAUUUUGUAGCUUUCCCACUCUUGAAUCUUGGAAAGUUAUGUAGUGAGUGCAAUCGUAUUUCCCUUUGGUUUUUGAUUCCGUUUAGCCCGCAGGAAACUUAGGUGGAGCUAGGGGUAAAGAGGGAAUUUCUGUUAAUAUCUGUGGGUAGGGGAUUGGGGUGGGGUUAUGGCGUGUAAGGAUGUAACUCUUGUUCUAUUAAUUUCCUUAUUUCAUUUUCCCAUCAUCAUGUGAUGAA